CUCUGUUUUAGAUCUUUGUUUUCGCCGUUUUAGUCUGGACGGGAGGAGCAGACACAGACACGGUCUCCGCUAUAAACCAAAGCGCGGCAGUGUGGGCGGGGCCUAAAUGAUACGCAACCCUGUUUGUGUUAUUCAGUACACCUGCACUUCUUAUCUUGGCCCAGCGAGAUCUAAAGACAUCAUGUUUGUGCUCGUUGAGUCCAACAACCCUUGGCCUCACACGAGGACGUAGGACCUGCUCUGGCCGCCUGCGGCCCCCAACGCUGUGUGUGGAAGCACUUUGGUUCGGUUUCUUUGUUUGAAUGACUGCUGGGUGUUUGUGGCUGUUUCUGUGCGGCAGAGGUCGGAGGGGCGUUCCUCCGCCUGCCGGGGUUGAAGAUCUGACUCACCUGCUGCUCAUUUCUAAUCACUCGGCUCAGCGUCCCCACCACAUCGUUGAGUAAUCACCCGAAUGUCUUUGACAGCCCAACCUGGAACUGAUACUUAACCAGCUGUCUGUUGGCUUUUGAAUCAAUAAAUCACCUUAAACUUCCGCACCAGCUAAAGGGGGCUGGCACGCUGUGACAUUCCUUUUCAGGGCGUGGCCAGUUCACACACAGCGUCUGAUAUGAGCCACAUUUACAAGAGAGUGUGAACAGGCGACAAACCAAACAGUAUCUGGCUGAAUGUCCCCAUGCUGCCUGCAGACACACAGGAACAGAGCGUCGGCACGUUAGUGGUGUAAUCAGCUUUAACGUUCUGUUAUUUCACUCCGAGUUUCGUCACGUUUCCUGCUGCUGGUCUCUGGUGCACCAGAGGGGCUGGUCAGCUGGUGGUGAAUGAUUAACUAACAGGGUUAAGGGCUGAGGCAGAAGUGAGAGAGAGAACUAAGAGAGAGAGAGAGAGAGGUGUGUUUCACUUUCAGCCUGCAGCUCAGACUCAGUCGCCUCGGCUGCUGGAUGUGACUGGAUGUGACAUGGAGCUGCUGCCCUCCCUGCUGUCCUCCCUGAGGACUGUGGACCUUGGGACUCUGGACCAGGAGUACAGCGUGGUGCGUUCACAGACCUCGGUGAUAAAAAAAGACCCCAGUUUGACGUCUGAGGCCGGAGCUCUGAAGGAAAACAUCAAGAAGAACAGAUACAAAGACAUCUUGCCAUACGACCAGUCUCGGGUGGUGCUGUCUCUCCGGACCUCAGACUCUGACUCUGACUACAUCAACGCCAGCUUCAUCAAGGGGGCCUCAGCAGACUGCAGGUACAUCGCCUCUCAGGGCCCCGUCCCCUCCACGCUCACCGACUUCUGGAGGAUGAUCUGGCAGCACGACAUCAAGGUGAUAGUCAUGGCCUGCAGAGAAAUAGAGAUGGGAAAGGUAAAGAGAAUUCUUUUCAUCGAACCAAGCGAGAGGAAGUGUGAGUGUUACUGGGCUGCAGCUGCUCAGUCUGCUGCGUUUGGACCCUUCACUGUCUGCAACCAGGGGGAGACGCGUCCUAAUGAAGACCUGGUGGUCCGAGAGCUGACUGUCACACACAAGCAGGAGCGCCGCUCACUGACUCAGUUCCAGUUCCUGUCCUGGCCGGAUCACGACGUUCCCCACGAGCCUGCUGGAGUCCUGGACCUGCUGGAGAGAGUCAGAACCAGGCAGGGGACACACACCUCCCCUCUGCUGAUACACUGCAGUGCGGGCUGUGGGAGGACCGGAGUCAUCUGUGCUCUCGACUACAUCCAUGACCUGCUCGUUACCAAGCAGAUCACAGCAGACUUCAGCAUCAUGAGCAUCGUCCUGCAGCUGCGGAGGCAGAGGCCCUCUGCAGUCCAGACCAAGGAUCAGUAUCAGUUCAUCUUCACGGCUGCCGUCUGCAUGUUGGAGCGAGUCCUGCAGUCGGCCGGCUGUGAGCCCUACAGCAACCUGCCCGAGCUGAAGAAACCAGAGAAGAACAGCACACCUGCUUCCUCCACCAGACUGUUAUUGCCGACUGCCAUGAGUGAUACAUAUGCUGUGGUCAACAAGCCCAAACACCCCCACCCGCCUUCAGCAAGCCCCACCUACUCAGUUGUAGCCAAGCCCAGAUACUGCAGCGGGAGCAGGUCGCUGCCCCCGGACCACCACUAUGAUAACGACCCUGCAGGAGCAUCAGCGGCGCCGGUCUACAGCAGUGUCCGACCCCGAGUUAAACCUCUCAGCAUGCACCUCUCUGCCACGCCCACCUACGACAUAGCAACACCAGCCAAUCCCAGGCUGGGGGAGGGACCGGCAUCACUAGGCAGCAGCGGAGAAUAUCACCUGAUGCCAGCUGAACCUCCUUCACAAUCAGACGACGAUUACGAAGACCUCGCCUCUCCGGUCUCAGACAUGACCGGCCCGUGUUCACCUGGUGGCAUCGGGUUUAACUGUCGUAUUCAGAAGCCCAGAGGACCCAGAGAUCCUCCAGCGGAGUGGAGCCGCCUGGAGAGGUGAAGCACGGGAACCGGUUCAACUGGACUGUUGGAGUGGAGCAAAGUUAACAGGAAGGGAUUUGCUGUUUGUCUCCUGCUGUGAUCUGUAGAUAUUUAUGGACAGCACGUCUCCGUGCUAAACGUCUGCACUCCAACGUUUCUGUUUUCUAAAUGAUUGUGUUCUGACUUUUAAUAUAAUUCUUCAGAUA